AUGGAAGACGACGACGACGCCGGCGCCGGCUUCGGCGCGUGCGGCCGCGUGCUCGAGUGGGAGCACGGCCUCCCCACGGAGGAGGAGCUGACGCCGCUCUCGCACCCGCUCGUCCCUCCGACGCUCGCCGCCGCGUUCCGGAUCGACGUCAGGGGCACCGGCACCGCCUUCCCCUCCCUCGCCUUCGACUGCCCCGUCUUCGCGCACAACUCCCCCACCUCUCACCUGUCCUUCCGCUGCGAGGACGAGGACGAUGAGGAGGAGGGGGAGGAGGAGAGCGAGGACGCCACCUCCGGAAGCGGCAGCUCGUGCCGAGGCGGGACUGGGAGGGCCGGGAAGAAGGCGAGGAUGGUGUGGACGCCGGAGCUGCACCACCGGUUCGUCGAGGCGGUGGCGCACCUCGGCGACAAGGGCGCCGUGCCCAAGGCCAUCGUGCGCCUCAUGAACGUCGAGGGCCUCACCCGCGAGAACGUCGCCAGCCACCUCCAGAAGUACCGCAUCUACCUCAAGCGCACGCGCGGCCCCGGAAAGCCGCAGCAGCCUCCUCCGACCUUCCAGCCGGCAUACGGUUCCCACUUCAGGCCCCAACAGCCCUCUGACACCUCCAGCCGGAGCGAUUACAGCGCGUUCUCCACUUCUCCUGCCGCGACAGCGAGAAGCUCGAACGCGACAAAGCAGUAA